GCAUCUGGGUGGACAGAUGUUGAAUCAUUCGUAUUAUAUGUAUUCUUUCGCAGCUGAUUCCAUAAACAAAGUUUCUGUUAUCAAUCUCUCCAUCUACCCUGCCGCUACAUUAGAUUUCAAAACUGUCAUCCUAUCCUAUCCAUCCUAUUGUACGGCUGUUGUGUGUACCUGCAAGUG